AUGUGUUUUAAAGAAACGGAGGCAUUGCCCAUUGUUCAUGAAAACUAUGUAAGCUGCCUUCUGAAAGAGGAGGUUAAAGUUAGUAUUGAUGAAUUGGGGUUAUUCUAUUCUGUUGAUGCCAUAAUGGCAGAAGCUCAUGAACUUGGUGGUUCUACUAUAGUUGUUGACCGAGCAACUCCAAAGGAUGAAGAUAUGAGAUACCCGAGCAGAGUAGCACAGGGUGGCUAUGGUGCAUACAAUGCUUAUAUUACAGCGGCUACUCGGUAUGCUGCUCUAGGUGCUCCUACACUGUAUGACCACCCUGCUUCAGUUUACGGAAGAGGGUAUUUUGGACCUCCUCGUGGAAUGGGCAGAAAGAUAUUUGUUGGCAGACUUCCACAGGAGGCAAGUGCUGAUGAUCUGCGGCAAUACUUCAGCAGAUUUUGGCCGUAUCUUAGAUGUCUAUGUCCCAAAGGUAAAAUUAUUUGUUUCAGUAUGUUUCAUCUUAAGCUAUUCAAGAUGCCUAAUCCUGAUAAUGGUUGCAUCAUUUUGACCAGGAUCUAA